GUCGAGAAUCGCGCGCGAAAGAGCACACACGCGUUGACGUGACGCCAUUAAAAAACACGACCAUAGUGCAUUCCCGCCAUUUAUCCUGUGAACUGUCAAACAGUGUUAUUUUCCCGUAGAACAAUUUGUGUUGUUUUUUUAAUUUAGUGUUUUUAUAAACAAAGCAGCAAAGACGCUCUCCAUUGUCACCGAAAAAAACCAAACUGUCAAACACAACACAACAAAUUUGACCUAAACAAAACAACCUAAAAAUCUUAGUGUUCGUGUAAGAAAAAACUUUUAUCAAAAAGAAAUGUUAAAAUAAUUUCAAAAUGGACAAAAUUGUUAAGAGUGUUAAAUCCUGGCGUCAUCCUAGGCCUGCUGAGGAGUUGUCCAGAAGCCAGUAUUCGCUGGUGUCCACUGACCUUACCGAUGGAGCUGUUCAGUUGUGGUUGGGUCUUCCAGAUGAAGUCAAAUAUGAUCCGGCCUUAGAACAGUUCCGGCAACAUUACGAAAAGGAGCAUGGUAGCAAUGGGGUGCCUCGUAAAACCAAAAAUGGCUCCACGAAACGGCUUCCCCUGGUCAACUCAGCGCCCCAUCUCAAUAACAACCUACAAAUACCAAGGGAAGAGGUCAUGUUCAUCAACAGCAAUAAUAAUAAGUGUCCUUCUAUUGAUGAGAAGAAGGAAAAAAUACUUGAAGAAGUUCCUGAGCCAAAGAAACCUUCGAAGGCCGCUCAAGCUGGACACUUGGUGAAGAUGACGUUACUGGUAGCCUGCUGGAUGUUCUUUACUAUCGCCUUCUUGAUGUACAACGAGAAGGAAGAAGUUACCAGGCACUCUUCUGUAGCGCCUGGAGAAAUUAAGAGUUAUCCCCUACAUUCGACAAAAGAUAUUCUAUCAGUAUAUCUAAAGCUUACUGGCCCAUUUUUGUCUGAACAAAGUGAGAAGAGACUAAACUCCAGUGAAAUGAUGACCACGGGUAAAUUGGACGUUUGGGUGGAGAGCGUUCCAACUCCUCUAAAUAACGACGUUAAUCGGUCACCUCGCUGGUCAAUAAUUUUGGACCCAGAAGAUGAAAUUGAUUUCACGGAAGGUGAAACAAGGACAACGGUUCUCAAAAUGGACACAAGCUCAGGAGACAACGCGACUCAUUUCUUGAAAAUGAGAACCAAUGUUCAAACGACGACCCCCUUCGCCCUCAGUUACACCAUGGACCCCCUGGAUAUCUCUACUGGGGUCAUUUAUGCGUGUAUGCUGUUGGGAGCCCUGUAUGUGCUCAUCAUUUUUGAGAUCAUAAACAGGACAAUGGCAGCAGUUCUGAUCUCCACUACAGCAUUAGCAGUAUUAUCCAUAGCUGGCGAGAGACCAACACUACCUGAGCUGAUCUCCUGGCUGGAUGUGGAGACGCUACUCCUACUCUUCAGUAUGAUGCUGCUGGUGUCUAUUAUGGCUGAAACUGGACUGUUCGACUUUUUGGCAGUUUUCACUUUUGAGGUAACGAAAGGCAAGAUUUGGCCGUUAAUAACUCUGUUGAGUGCCAUCACGGCUAUCAUAUCGACAGUUUUGGACAACGUGACAACAGUACUGCUUAUGACACCAGUUACAAUAAGAUUAUGUGAAGUAAUGGAUCUGGACCCCAUACCAGUAUUGAUGUCAAUGGUGAUAUUCAGUAAUAUUGGUGGCACUGUCACCCCAGUCGGUGACCCCCCAAAUGUCAUCAUCGCAUCCAACAAAGCUGUUGUCCAAUCUGGUAUUAACUUCACCAACUUCACGCUGCACAUGACCUUUGGUAUCCUGCUGGUCUGCGUGCAGACAUACUUCCAAUUCAGGUUCAUCUAUAGAGACACUGAUAAGCUGAGGUUGAAUGAGCCACGGGAUAUACAAGAUCUCCGCCAUCAGAUUUCAAUUUGGAGGCGAGCAGCCGAUUCCCUUCCUCAUCUAAGCAGAGAUGAGCUGGUGGUUAGAGAACGGCUGGACCGCAAGGUCCGAAAGCUGACAGUCAAGCUGGAUGCUUUGGUCAAAGAGACAAGGAUCAGAGCCUGUCCGAAGGAGUGCUUCGAGACUAUGCUGGCUGAUAUGAAGGAUAAGUACAAGAUCCGAGACAAAGUGUUACUGAUUAAGUGUUCAGUGACCAUUGCAUUCGUGGUCACCGUAUUCUUCCUACACUCGCUGCCUGAAUUCAACCGAGUGUCCCUGGGCUGGACGGCUCUGCUGGGCGCCCUGCUGCUGCUGACGCUUGCAGACCGCGAGGAUCUGGAGCCAGUGCUGCACAGGAUCGAGUGGUCCACACUGCUCUUCUUUGCCGCACUCUUCGUGCUUAUGGAGGCCUUGUCCAAGUUGGGUCUCAUUGAAUACAUUGGAGGGUUGACAGAGAGCCUCAUCCUAAAAGUGGAGGGGAAUGCAAGGCUGGCAGUAGCCAUUCUACUCAUGUUGUGGGUCUCCGGAGUGACUUCAGCCUUCGUGGACAAUAUACCACUGACCACUAUGAUGGUUCGAGUGGUAACUUCACUGGGUAACAAUCCUACCCUGAACCUGCCCAUGGCACCGUUAAUCUGGGCGCUAUCUUUUGGAGCCUGUUUAGGAGGUAACGGAACUUUAAUUGGCGCAAGCGCAAACGUCGUAUGCGCGGGAGUGGCUGAACAACAUGGUUACAAGUUCAGUUUCCUUCAAUUCUUCAAAAUAGGUUUUCCUAUAAUGAUUGGCCAUUUAAUUGUGGCUUCAGGAUAUCUUAUGUUAUGUCACUGUGUUUUCCAAUGGCAUUAGAAAAGGACAGAAGUAUUUUGGAAAGAGAUGCCAAUACGUCUAAGUAUUUUCGAGUAUGUUUGGUUUGUAAAAAAAUAUUUAUCGUCUUGUUGUGAACUUUUUGAACGUAUGUUUAGAAGUUUUGUGAUUUAAGUAUAUUUUUUAUGUACUUAUUUGUAUAUACAGCGCUUUUUUUAACUGUUAGCUCUCAUUCAGAUUAGCUUGGCUGGUAUAUUAAAAAAUUGCGUUACAUGUAGCUCUCCGCCUAGCCCAGGUUUUGAUCUAUUUAUACGCCAUAAUUAUUUUAUCAAAAUUCGUUCAGUAGUUUUCGCUUUAAUGAGUAACAAACAUUCAUUUUUGCAAAUAAAAAGUCAGAUAGGUACAUGUUUUUUAGGAGAUUUUGGGAGAAAAAAAAUGUUUGGUUAUAUAAUAUAUACAUUUUUUCUUUUUAUGAUACUUAGUUUUCUGUAGUUGUCUAAUAGCUUAUGUAGCAGUUUAUUUAAAGAAAAGCUAAUUAAUUGUGGACUGUGAAUUAGUAAAAAAAUAUUGUUUAUUUUAAUGUGAUCCGUCCGAAGAUUUUUUGAAAUAUAUUUUUAAUACUUACUAGUUGCAGAUGGCAUUAUUAUAAAACUGUAUAAUUAAAACUAAAAAAAAAAAACGCAAAGCUGUGG